UGAGCGAGCUCCCUACCUCCUGCCCCCAGAGUCCCUUGGCUCCUGCCUGAGAAGCGCCCUUCUUCCCCAGCAGUGGCUGUCCCCGCUGGCCCUAUCCAAGGAGCGGCUGCUCCUGUACCUUUCCCUCGGGGGUGCCUGCCCCUUCUCUGCAAUAGCUGCAUGGGCCCAGCCAUGCCCCGGGUUCCAGCAAGGGGGGAGCCUGGUUCUCUCAGAACUGCCUUCUGGUUUGCGUUUAAAUGGCCUGGAUCUCAAGAGCAGUGACAGCUUCCAGCCUUGUCAAAAUGGGUGGAGGGAGGUGUCGGUCAGGGUAGUUAACUCACUUCUGCGUAAUCACACCUUUUGUUCCUAAUGUGGAUGCAUUGCAACACCUUUUAGUCUUCUUGACCAGCCUUGGGUGGUACUCAGCCUGCCCCGUUGAGGUCAAAGGCAUUGCUGUGCAGCUACCCCAAAAAGGAGAUUGCUGUUAGUUAAUGCUCCCUGACCCAUUUUUCUAGUGUAGCCAAGCUCUUAAAGUGAAAGGACUAUGGCAUCAGAGCAAACCAAGGAUGAGGUGCCUGUUCCUGAGAAUUCCACUGCUGGCCAACUGGUCCCACGAGAAUCAGACCCAUACAAAGACCUCGACAAUUUGUCUGUGAGCAUAAGUGACCUUUCUAUACAAGAAAAUGAUCCCCUAUCAUUGGAAGCUGCUGAUCAUAGCCAACCAAUAACAAGUGAGAGUACAGGAGAUGCUCAUUCAGGAGGAGCAGAAAGAGAUCCUGGGAUAUUGCUGACCGAUGCGUCUCUGCUGGCUGCAGAAAACAAAGGAGAAGAACCUAUGCCCAGAGUGGUAGGACACUCUGGUGCUGUUUCCAGAGAGACACAGAGGUGUUCCUCAACUGAAGAGCUGUAUCAGUCUGAUUCAGAGGGUUCAGACAGUGCGAUGGAAGAAGAGAGAACCUUGCUGCCUGGGGAAAAUCUGCAAACAGUUUCUCUGCACUUCCAGGUUGACGUCCAUGCAGAACAGCAACGUGCUACCAAUAAUUGCUCUGAAGGUGAACUGGAAGCUUCACACUUGCAGCAGGCCAGAGGGGAUGGGGCUCUGGAGCUGGACAGUAAACUCCUGGAGGUGCCACCAAAUGGGGAGAAUGGGAUUGAAAACAACAGAGUUGAGCAGGACUCAGAUCAGGAAGCUUCAUCCCAGAAGCCCUCUCAGAACAUUGCAGUGCAGACUGACUUCAAGACUGCUGAUCUGGAGGUGAACACCGAUCAAGAUAUUGAAAAGAACUUGGGCAAAAUGAUGUCUGAAAGGGCCUUGUUGAAGGAACGUUACCAGGAAGUGCUAGACAAACAGAGGCAGGUGGAGAAUCAACUCCAGGUGCAGCUCAAGCAGCUCCAGCAACGAAGGGAAGAAGAGAUGAAGAAUCACCAGGAGAUCCUGAAGGCCAUUCAGGAUGUGACGAUCAAACGAGAAGAGACCAAGAAGAAGAUGGAGAAAGAGAAGAAAGAAUUCUUGCAAAAGGAGCAGGAUCUGAAAGCCGAAAUUGAGAAGCUCUGUGAGAAAGGCAGAAGGUUACUGAAAGAACAGGAGGAGAAGGAAAAUAAAAUUGUUUCUCUAAUCGCAGAGCAGUCUGAUGAAAAGGAGGUAUGGGAGAUGGAACUAGAUAAGCUGAAGAACCAGCACAAUGAGAUCAAUAGGAACAUCCUGGAGGAAACAGAAAGGGCUUGGAAAGCAGAGAUAUUGUCUUUGGAGAGCCGGAAGGAGCUGCUGGUUCUGAAACUAGAAGAAGCCGAAAAAGAGGCGGAGCUACACCUCACCUACCUCAAGUCAGCGCCACCCACGCUGGAGACCAUGCGACCCAAGCAGGAGUGGGAAAUGAGGCUGAACAGGAUACGAAUGACCAAAGAAAGUGUCCGGGACCAGUUCAAUGGUCACAUUCAGCUGGUGAGGAAUGGAGCAAAGCUGAGCAGCCUGCCACAGAUCCCAACUCCCACCCUGCCACCACCCCCAUCUGAGACAGAGUUUAUGAUGCCGGCAUUUCAGCCCAAUCCAUCCCUUACCCCCAGGCUCCCGUUCCCCAUUGGGCCGGUCCCAGUUCCCAUGGUCAUGCCCAGUGCUGAUCCUCGGGCGCUCUCUUUCCCACUCCUUAACCCUGUCAUCUCCAGGCCUAAUCAGCCCUCACCCCCUCUGCCUGCUUCCCAAGGGAGGAACAGCCCCGUACUGGCAUCUCUUGUUAGCACCCACGGCCCUCACAUGACAUCUGCUGCCUCUAUCCCACCUCCGCCAGGGCUCGGAGGAGUCAAGGGUGCUCAUGAGUUUCACAGGCCACAGCCAGUCGAUAAGCUGGAAAAGAUCCUGGAGAAGCUCUUGGCUCGAUUUCCCCAGUGUAACAAGGCCCAGCUGACGAACAUACUGCAGCAGAUCAAGACAGUGAGGAGAACCAUGGCAGGGCUGACCAUGGAAGAGCUGAAUCAGCUGGUAGCCGCAAAGCUGGCCGAGCAUCAGGGCGCAGCAGUGGGUGCUCAGCCACUUGGCCGAACCAGGGCCCCCAUGUUUCCUGCUCCUCUGCCCCAGAUCAGCACCCCUAUGUUCCUGCCACCGGCUCAGGUGUCUUACCCAGGGACACCAUCACAUGCCCCUGCUACCUGUAAGCUGUGUCUAAUGUGCCAGAAACUCGUGCAGCCCAGUGAGCUCCACCCGAUGGCCUGUUCUCACGUGCUCCACAAGGAGGUGUCUCACUACCUUAUGCACAGGGAGAGACUCUGUUCCUCAUGUGCUUAGCUCCUUGGAUGAAAGGACUAUCCUGAUAGGGGCUGGGCCUCGUGAGCUCCAGACAUGAUGCCAUUUCUCUCCCACACCCGUCUAGGCCAUAGCACUUCGUGCUCCAGUGGGAGAAGGCAUGGGCAGCUCACGAAAUGACUUUCCUAUAGUAGUGUCAUUCCAUAGUACCUACUCCCUUAGCUUAAAAUAGACAAACUACCUGUAGCCAAAG